AUAUAUAAAAGAAUCGUCAAAGCUCAUUAUAUCGUUUUUAUAAUUAAUUGAUUAAUUUAAUAAGUAUAUAAAGGAAUGGUUUUAGUGUUACAAUGUCACAUAAAAUUUAAUUAUAUCACUUGAAACAGAUAUGUCCACGUGAAAGAAAAUUAACAGAAUCAUAACCUAUAAUCUAUCAAAGGUAUAUUAUAAACAUUUAGCAGUUACGUGUAAGAAAAUAUAAGGUCAGAAGGACCCAAACAAGGACAACAUAUAAACUAGUGUGAAAAACCAACUAAAUGUCACAUGGUUGACGACAUUAAAUUGGUUAAAUACAUUAUAAAAAAAAUUUAAAAACGUAUAUGUGCUAAAAAAAAUAUUUCAUUAGUCACAAUUUAAGUUUAUUUUAACAAAUAUGACAGAUUCCGGUAAUGAAGAUUCAGUGACGAAAUUAAAUACACAAUUAAAUAAGUCUAUGGUGUUAAUGGAAGAUGUUGUUGACACUCCAUCUCAAAGUCAUAAACGCAAAUCUAUUACAAUAAAUACCAAAACACAACCACCCAGUGCGACUAAUAGUCCUAUAGUUAAAGCACGCAAGAGUAUUUUAAAAAAAUCUGACAAACGACCAAAUGAUGAUUCUACAAAUAAUGGAGACAUACAAAUAAAUAGUAAUGAAGAAGAAUUAAGUAAUAUGAUAUCUCAAGAAUCAUCGACUUCAAUCCCAUUAAGACCACAUACUUUGGAAGAAUUAGUUCUAAAAGAAGCAUUAAAUGUGGAAAAUAUAUCAUCUACAUUUAAUCUAGAGGAUAUAUCGGACAAUGAAGACAUAUGGAUUAUGGAUUUACCUAGAUCAAUAGACUCCCAAGAACUUUGUGGUCAAGUAAUAACUUUAGAGGACAAAUCAAAAUUUAGAAUAAAAAACGAACGAUAUUGUAUAGUUGCUCAUAAAAUGGAUCACCAUAUUACAUGUGUUCUUAAUACUAAAACGAAGACUUCCGAAUACAAGACUGUAAAUAUCAAGCCAACUGGUUCUUUAACAAUGAGGAAGAAACUAUCUGGAACACCGGAAAUGAAACCAAUGCCUGUAGAAAAGUCGGGCAUGCAAUUCCCUGAUAAUUUAAAAACAAGACAUCCUUUACUUGGUGUUGUUCGCGAACGUAAAAGGAAAUCGAAGAAACGUAGUUCGUUUAAGAAUUGUAAAUCAGGGAUAUAAUGAAUUUAGAUUAAACAGAUUUUGAAUAAGUGUAAAAAAUGGAAAAUUUGGUAUAAAAAUUUUCUAUCAAAUUUUGUAUUUUUUCUCAGAAUUUUUAUCUUUUUAUAAUGACUAUGACUUUAUAUAAAUAUUGAAAACAUUUUUAUUUAGGAGUACAUGUUAAUUGUUUAACAGAAAUAUGCGUUAGAAUAAAAUACUGCCAUGUAUACAUUAGAAAAUUGUGAAAGUAUGGAUUUUUAGGCUAUACUUACCUAUUUUUUAAUGACAAAUUGCAUUAGAAAAUUGCGUGCAAGCGUGAUUGUGCCGAUAACGCUUUUUCCGGAUAUCUAGCAAAUAAAAAGUGCGAACAAAGA